AUGCCUGCCGGACCCGGUGACGCCAAGAAGGGUGCGAACCUCUUCAAGACCCGGUGCGCCCAGUGCCACACCGUCGACAAGGACGGUGGCAACAAGGUUGGCCCGGCGUUGCACGGCCUCUUCGGCCGCAAGACCGGCUCCGUCGCCGGUUACGCCUACACCGAUGCCAACAAGCAGAAGGGCAUCACCUGGACCGACGAGACUCUGUUCACCUACCUCGAGAACCCCAAGAAGUACAUCCCCGGCACCAAGAUGGCCUUUGGUGGCUUGAAGAAGGACAAGGACCGGAAUGACCUGAUCACCUUCCUCAAGGAGUCCACCGCCUAA